GUCUAUUUUGCGCUCUUUAGUCUUCUACUUACUUUCGUAGUUGUAGAAUAGAAUUCUUUCCUUCAUCCGUAAGGUUGAUAUUCGGUGUUGCUGGUUUUCUUGAGGCUGUCUUCUACCCUGCAAGUUACCCCUAAGUAGCUUGUAUCAAUCUAAGUUCGACUAGGUCACACUUGUUACUUUUUGUUGAUUGUAUUAUCAGGAUGGCAAUCACCGCUCGUAACAACGGCUUCCGCAAGGUUGCCAAGUGGAUUGUUGGCGCAGUUGUUGUGGCAGGUGCUACCAGCGCUAAUGUUGCUGCUGAAUCUCACCUUCAAGGUGCCAAAAAGGUCCCAUUCUAUGCACCUGAAGCUGUAGUUUUUGUCACUUCUCUUGGCAAGGAGUACACUAACCAAGACAUCGACAACCUUGUUGACUGCACUGAUUUGGAAUGCACUGGUAGUGUUUGGAGGCACGAAAUAACGCGCAGAAGAGCUGAGCUUCUUUACCGCAUGGAGAAGUUCGACAAACUCAUGCAGCAAUUGCCAUCUGACCUAGUCACUGCAGCAAUGAUGUACCACACUUUUGAAAUGUUGCCUGAGCAGCUCGCUAAGGACAUCACCCGCUACGUAUUCAACGCCAACUACAAUAACUUGAUUGAUGAACUCCCAGAGCCAUUGGCCCAGCUGGCAUUGGAAUUCAAUGUUUAUGAAGGUAUCGACUACGCCAUUUUGGAGUUGUUUAGGCAAUACCUCAGGCACUACAAGCAAACCGGCAAGGUAUUCGUACCAAAUAAGGGUCCAUACGACCUUGAAGAGAUUUUCUAUGUUCCUCCCAAGAAUGUAGAAUCCAUGCCUGUCGAAGCUGCCCCUGAGCUAGUUAUUGAAGAUGUGCCGGUUGAAGAGGUUGACACUGAGGAUCUUGACUACGUCAUUUUCACCAACUGCGUUGGUACCCAAUUCACCAACAGAGAUCUGUACCAGAUGUUAGGCUUUAAAGCCAACACCAGGAGUGACAUUGAAUCUCUCGAUGCUGCCGACAAACGCAAACUGUUAGGAAAGAAAGCUAUGUUGUUGAACCAAAUGCGCAACUUCAACAGGGUGCUUAAGAAGCUCCCCGCCGAUCAUGCUAAGAUUGCUGGUUCGCACGCUGUCUACAAUACAUUGCCUGAGGAUCUUGCAAGAGAGGUGAAGAUGUACUGGUUCGACAAGCUUUACCCAAACCUCAUCUCUAAACUUCCCGAACAUUUGGUUUACGACUUGUUGAAAUGUGAUGUCUAUGAGGGAAUGACAUGUGAUGUCCUAAUGAAAGUUAUUGCCUUCCUUCGUUCUAUUGCUGACGAAGCAACUAUUAAGUCACUCACUUCCAAGGUGGAAAAGGCCGAGAUUUAAAUAAGUUCACGCAUACGGAAAGAAGCUACUGAUGCGGUGUAUAUUAAAAAUUUGUGAAUGUAGUUGUUAAUUUUGUAGCGAAGGUUU